AGUGCGCACGAGCUGCCACCGGCACUCGCGACUUGCUUCUUGCUUCCUGGCGGCGCAACUGUAGAAAGAAAGCGCUAGAAAUUCUGUUGCGCACCCAUUUUUUUAAAGAGUUUAAUAACUUCGGACCUGUCGUCUAACAGGAAUAAAGAACAAACGAUUCGAAUGGCGGGAAGAGGUUCUCGUCAAUUGACAGUUAAUGGCUUGUGCACCUGCAACACCUCUACCCGCGUUUAAAAUGUCCAACGUAAGGUAAUUCAGCUGGUCUAGAAGACAAUUGACUGGAAAAACGGAUUUAGUUUUUGUUACUCACUUGCUUGAGGGAAAUUAUGGGUUUUGCGCGCUGGAUUUGGCACUUCCCUCUACUGAAAUCCCCACCUAAUUCUGGAAGCUGCGCCGUUACCAUCACAGUUUUACAUCGGUGAGUAACUUGUGGUCGUGCGGGGCAUCAGGAUGAGAAGAUGGCAGCCAUAUUGUUACCAACAGGUCCUGAUGGCGUGCGGCGCUUCACCCGCCAGUCCCUGGCCGCCCUCCAGCAGCGGAUCUCCGAGGAGCGUUCCCGGAGCACCAGGGACUACAAGGAGGACCUGGGCAACGUGGAGGCCCCCAGGCCCCGGCCUGACCUGGAGGCCGGCAAGCAGCUGCCCCGCAUCUACGGGGACCCCCCCUCGACGCUGGUGGGGGUGCCGCUGGAGGACAUCGACCCAUUCUACUUCCAGAACCAGAGGACUUUUGUAGUGCUCAACAAAGGGAAGGCCAUCUUCCGCUUCAGUGCCACGUCAGCCCUCUACAUAUUCACCCCGUUCCACUGCAUUCGGGCUGUCGCCAUCCGGGUCCUGGUCCACUCAUUAUUCAGCCUCUUCAUUAUGUGCACCAUUCUGACCAACUGUUGUUUCAUGGCUCUGUCGGACCCGGCCCCGUGGACCAAGUAUAUAGAAUAUACGUUCACGGGGAUCUACACCUUUGAGUCUCUCAUAAAGAUCCUGGCUCGGGGGUUCUGCAUCGGACCCUUCACCUUCCUCCGAGACCCCUGGAACUGGCUGGAUUUCUCUGUCAUCAGCAUGGCAUAUGUGACAGAAUUUGUCGACCUCGGGAAUGUUUCUGCAUUAAGAACCUUCAGAGUACUACGAGCUCUGAAAACCAUCUCCGUGAUCCCAGGCCUGAAGACCAUCGUGGGGGCCCUGAUCCAGUCGGUGAAGAAGCUGGCGGACGUGAUGAUCCUGACGGUGUUCUGCCUGAGCGUGUUCGCCCUCAUCGGCCUGCAGCUCUUCAUGGGCAUCCUGCGGCAGAAGUGCGUCCGCAGCCUGGCCCACUGCUUCAACUCCUCCAUGUCCGUCAACGACACCUUCGUCUGCAACAACCGCACCUGGGGCUCCCGCAUGGACUUCCUCACCAGCGAAGAUAACUUCUAUAAAGUUGAAGGAGCCAAGGACGCCUUAAUAUGUGGCUAUGGAAACGAUGCAGGGAAGUGUCCAGAUGGAUUUGACUGCUUGAAAAUUGGGAGAAAUCCUAACUAUGGCUACACCAGUUUUGACAGCUUUGGCUGGGCGUUCCUGGCUCUUUUCAGACUCAUGACACAAGACUAUUGGGAGAAAUUAUUUCACCAGACCCUGCGAUCGGCGGGUAAGACCUACAUGGUGUUCUUCGUGCUGGUCAUCUUCCUGGGCUCCUUCUACCUGGUCAACCUCAUCCUGGCCGUGGUGGCCAUGGCCUAUGAGGAGCAGAACCAGGCCACCAUCGCAGAGGCCUGGCAGAAAGAGCGCGAGUUCCAGAUGGCUAUGGAGCACCUCCGCAGAGAGCAGAGGUUGGCGGCGAGGAAGCAGGCGCAGGAGACGGACUCGGUGCUGUCUCCCGAGCUGUCCCCGCUCUGUGCCAAGGCGGGGAGCCUCUGGAGGGGGAGCCAGCGGAGGAGGUCCCACCGCACCCUGUCUGAGGAGGCCGGGGAGGAGGACGCAGAGGAGAAGCUCGACCUCCUGGAGGAGCCACUGCCGCCCCUCUCCCCCCUGCCUCUGCACCCCCUGCUGGCCACCCUGUCCGCCCACCCCCUCAGCACGCGGCGGGGCAGCCAGGCCAGCGUGUUCAGCGUCUUCCGGCCGCGCGGCAGCUCGGACGCCGACCUCGGCGACGACGAGCUCAGCGCGUGCGGCGACCCGGUGCCCGGGGGCCGGAGCCGCGCCAACUCGGUGGCGGUGGGCCGGAGCCGCGCCAACUCGGUGGCGGCGCCCUGGAAGCGGCGGACGGGCAGCGUGCGCAGCCACUGCUCCCAGGGCUUCCUGCUGGGCGUAGUCAACGGGCGGCUCAACGCCUCGCUGGAGCACAACGGGGUGAGCGGCGCCGGGCUGCUACCGCUGCUGCCCACGCACAGCAUGGAGAGGGUCCGCGAGGACGCUGAGGCGGGCAUCGUCACGGAGACACUCCUCACAUCCACUCCCCAGCCGUCGCCCACGGCAACGCAGCCUCCGGUGCAGAGGAAGAGGGGGCUGAGCACCGUCAGCUUCUUCAGCGACGUCCUUGAUGAUGAAAGCCAAUUAAGAGAGCUGGAGGAGUCCCGGCAGAAGUGCCACCCCUGCUGGAUCUCCUUCGCACGGCGGUACCUGAUCUGGGAGUGCUGCCCCUGGUGGCUGUGGGUGAAGCAGUGGGUGAAGUUCAUGGUGAUGGACCCCUUCCUGGACCUGGGCAUCACCAUCUGCAUCGUGCUCAACACCCUGUUCAUGGCGCUGGAGCACUACCCCAUGACGGACGAGUUCAACGGCAUGCUCUCCGUCGGGAACCUGGUGUUCACCGGGAUCUUCACGGCUGAGAUGGUGAUGAAGCUGGUGGCCAUGGACCCCUACUUCUACUUCCAGCAGGGCUGGAACAUCUUUGACGGCGUCAUCGUGUGUCUCAGCCUGAUGGAGCUGGGCCUCUCCAACGUGGAGGGGCUGUCCGUCCUGCGCUCCUUCAGACUGCUGCGGGUCUUCAAGCUGGCUAAGUCGUGGCCCACGCUCAACACGCUCAUCAAGAUCAUUGGCAACUCGGUGGGCGCGCUGGGCAACCUAACGCUGGUGCUCGCCAUCAUCGUCUUCAUCUUCGCAGUGGUGGGCAUGCAGCUGUUCGGCAAGAACUACCAGGACUGCGUGUGCAAGAUCUCAGUGGACUGCCAGCUCCCGCGGUGGCACAUGCAGGACUUCUUCCACUCGUUCCUCAUUGUGUUCCGCGUGCUGUGCGGCGAGUGGAUCGAGACCAUGUGGGACUGCAUGGAGGUGGCAGGCCAGCCGCUGUGCAUCCUGGUCUUCAUGCUGGUCAUGGUCAUCGGGAACCUGGUGGUGCUCAACCUGUUCCUGGCGCUGCUGCUGAGCUCCUUCAGCUCAGACAACCUGUCGGCCCCGGACGAGGACGGGGACCUCAACAACAUCCAGAUCGCCGUGGCCCGCAUCAACGCGGGGGUCAGCUGGUUGGCGUCCGGCGUCUGUGAGCUCUGCAGCGGAGGGGAGCGGCGCCGGCGGCAGCAGCAGCAGCAGCAGACGCAGCAGCAGCAGCAGAAGAAGAUGUCCCUGGCGCCCCCGGAGACGGGCAUGGCUCUCCUGCUGGUGGUGAACCACGCGGCUGAGGCCAACGGCGGCGUGUUCGGGCGCUACGGAGAGAGGUACGCGGUGCCCGAGGGGGACAGCUACAUGACCAACCCCAACCUGACCCUGGUGGUGCCCAUCGCGCCGGGGGAGUCGGACGUGGAGUUCCUGGAGGAGGAAGAGGAGUCUGAGUCGUCGGAGGACGAGGACAACAAACCGGAGAAGGUCAGCCUAUCAGAGGGCAGCACGGUGGACCUGAGGCGACCGGGGGAGGACAGGGACGACCUAUCAGAGCUGGCCGAGGAGACCAUGGAGCCAGAGCAGUGCUUCCCCGAAUUCUGCGUGAGGCACUGCCCCUGCUGCGACGUGGACACCAGCGGAGGCCUGGGCCAGGCCUGGUGGAGGCUGAGGAAGACCUGCUACCAGAUCGUGGAGCACAGCUGGUUUGAAACCUUCAUCAUCUUCAUGAUCCUGCUCAGCUCAGGGGCUCUGGCUUUUGAAGACAUCUACAUCGAGAAGAGGAAGGUGGUGAAGGUGGUACUGGAGUACGCUGACAAGGUGUUCUCCUACAUCUUUGUGCUGGAGAUGUUCCUGAAGUGGAUCGCCUACGGGUUCAAGAAGUACUUCACCAACUACUGGUGCUGGCUGGACUUCCUCAUUGUGGAUGUGUCUCUGAUCAGCCUGGUGGCCAACUCUCUGGGUUAUUCCGACUUCGCUGCCAUCAAGUCUCUCCGAACGCUGCGGGCGUUAAGACCCCUCCGAGCCCUGUCCAGGUUCGAAGGCAUGCGGGUGGUGGUGAACGCCCUGAUCGGCGCCAUCCCAUCCAUCAUGAACGUGCUGCUGGUGUGCCUGAUCUUCUGGCUCAUCUUCAGCAUCAUGGGCGUCAACCUGUUCGCCGGCAAGUUCGGCAAAUGCGUGAACCGCACCGGCUUCGUGCACAACGCCUCGGUGGUGAACAACAAGUCGGAGUGCCAUGCGCUGAACGACACCCAGUUCUACUGGACCAAGGUGAAGGUCAACUUCGACAACGUGGGGCUGGGAUACCUGUCGCUGCUGCAAGUGGCAACAUUCAAGGGCUGGAUGGAGAUCAUGCACGCGGCGGUGGACUCCAGAGGAGUGGAGGAGCAGCCCAUCCGAGAGGUCAACCUCUACAUGUACCUCUACUUCGUCAUCUUCAUCAUCUUUGGCUCCUUCUUCACCCUCAACCUCUUCAUCGGCGUCAUCAUCGACAACUUCAACCAGCAGAAGAGAAAGUUAGGGGGACAGGAUAUCUUCAUGACGGAGGAACAGAAGAAGUACUACAACGCUAUGAAGAAGCUGGGCUCCAAGAAGCCCCAGAAGCCCAUCCCAAGGCCCUCGAACUUUGUGCAGGCCUUCUUGUUCGACCUGGUGGCCAAGCAGGCGUUCGACAUCAUCAUCAUGAUGCUGAUCAUCGUCAACAUGGUGACCAUGAUGGUGGAGACGGACGAGCAGUCGGAGCGCAUGGAGUCAGUGCUCAACAAGAUCAACCUGGUGUUCAUCGUGCUCUUCACCACCGAAUGCCUCAUCAAGAUCCUGGCACUGCGCUGCUACUUCUUCACCCUCGGCUGGAACAUCUUCGACUUUGUGGUGAUCAUCCUCUCCAUCGUAGGGAUCGUCCUCGCCGACAUCAUCGAGAAGUACUUUGUCUCCCCCACCCUGUUCCGCGUGAUCCGCCUGGCUCGGAUCGGCCGGGUGCUGCGGCUGAUCCGCGGCGCCAAGGGCAUCCGGACGCUGCUCUUUGCCUUAAUGAUGUCCAUGCCGGCGUUGUUCAACAUCGGCCUGCUGCUCUUCCUCGUCAUGUUCAUCUACGCCAUCUUCGGCAUGGCCAACUUCGCCUACGUCAAGAAGCAGGACGGCAUCGACGACAUGUUCAACUUCGAGACGUUCGGCAACAGCAUGAUCUGCCUGUUCCAGAUCAGCACGUCGGCGGGCUGGGACAACCUGCUGAGCCCCAUCAUGGCAUCGCCGCCCGACGAGUGCGACACGGCCUUCGUCAACACGGGCACCAACGCCAAGGGCAACUGCGGCAGCCCGUCCAUGGGCAUCGCCUUCUUCGUCAGCUACAUCAUCAUCUCCUUCCUGAUCGUGGUCAACAUGUACAUCGCCAUCAUCCUGGAGAACUUCAGCGUGGCCACGGAGGAGAGCACGGAGCCGCUGAGCGAGGACGACUUUGAGAUGUUCUACGAGGUGUGGGAGAAGUUCGACCAGGAGGCCACGCAGUUCAUCGAGUUCUCGGCGCUGUCCAGCUUCGCCGACACGCUGUCGGAGCCGCUGCGCAUCCCCAAGCCCAACAAGAUCAAGCUGAUCAGCAUGGACCUGCCCAUGGUGACGGGCGACAAGAUCCACUGCCUGGACAUCCUGUUCGCCUUCACCAAGCGCGUGCUGGGCGAGACGGGCGAGAUGGACGCGCUCAAGCAGCAGAUGGAGGACAAGUUCAUGAUCUCCAACCCGUCCAAGAUCUCGUACGAGCCCAUCACGUCCACGCUGCGCCGCAAGCAGGAGGACGUGUCGGCCGCCGUCGUCCAGCGCUGCUUCCGCCGCCACCUGGUGCGGCGGCAGGUGAAGCAGGCGUCCUUCCUGUACCGCCAGCUGAGCGGCGCCGGCGGCCGACGACGCGGCGCCGGCGCCGGGGCCGGGGGGGAGCAGGGGGAGGACCCGGAGCGCGCUCCCGAGAGCGAGGGGCUCAUCGCGUCCAUGAUCCGGGAGAACUACGGGCCGCCGGGGGAGGAGGUGGCGGCCGGCGGCGGGGAACUGUGCGAGGCCGCGGGGUCGAUGGCCGACGCGUCCGUCCAGCGGUAUGAAGAGACGUUUCUAUGA